UUUCAAGAAAAGUCAUUCUUCUUUUGGAUAAUCAUUUUUCUUUAGUCUCUUCAGAAAGAAACUUUUUGGUUCGUUUCUUUGCUUCAUAGCUUUUGUUAUAUUCUGAUUCUGAGAAUUACUUCGACUCUAGUCACUAAACCACCGGUUGAUACUUUCGGAUUUGCAUAUAAAGCAUUGGAUUUUUACCUUUUUUUCUGCCUCAAGAAUCGAAAAAAUGAAAAUCUUUCUUAGGUGUUUCAAACCCAAAUUCUACAAGAAAUGUAAAUCUGCAACAAGUUACAUGAAGAUUCGGCUAGAAAUAGAAAGGAAAAGAAGGAUUGCAAUGAUUAAGUUUCUGAAAAUGGACAUUGUGGAAUUUCUCAAGAAUGGCCUUGAUUAUGAUGCUUAUAGAAGAGCAGAAGUAUUACUUGAAGAGCUUAGAAUUAUAUCGUGUUAUGACAUCCUUGAACGAUUCUGCGAUUGUAUCUCAGAAAAUCUCUCUCUUAUGCUGAAGAAAAGGGAAUGUCCUGAAGAAUGCAGAGAAGCAGUUUCCUCUUUGAUAUAUGCAGCUGCAUGGAUUCCUGAUGUUCCUGAACUUAAGGAUCUCAGGGCCGUGUUUACGCGUAGAUUUGGGAGUUUCAUUGUUUCUUCUGUCAAUUAUGAACUCGUUGAGAAAACUGAACUGAGAAGAAGACCAUCACGUGAGCUCAAGAUUCAGACAGUGAAAGACAUUGCAAAAGAGUUUUCUAUUGAUUGGGAUCCUACAGCUUUGAACCUGUUGCUGCUUAGACAAACUUCAGCUCUGCAAAUUGAGGAUAAGGUCGAGACAGGAGCUGAUGAUCCGAAUAUUGAGAGAAAGAAAAGUAUUGUUAAUGAUCAAAGUGAGAAUGAGUCGGCUCUUUCACAGGCUUGGACAAGAGAUUCAUUGUCAAACCGUAGUUUAAGUUCGAGUUCAAGCUCAAGUUUCGGUUCUCCAAGAAGAGACACUGAAAAGAAGAAGAAGAAGAAGAUUCUGCCUUACGGAAUAAUCUCUCCUUCAGAAACGAAACCAGGAGCUGGAAACGAUGAGAAAGCACAAGAGGAGAAGUUAGAGAAGAAGAAGAGUAUCGAUCAAGAAAACUCUAAGUUACUUAAGCCACAAGGCAGCGAAAAGGAAGCUUCUUCAACAAGAAAGAACGAGAGAACGUCGUCCUUUCAGAGACCUAAGCUCUUGGAUUAUGAUGAUGUAGUGGCUCGGCUUGCAGCUCUUCGCCGGAGAUAAGGUUUUCUAAUUGUAAUUAGCUAAUUAGAAUUCAUUUCAUUAAUUAUGUAAGUAUAUAUCGUUGUUAGCUUGAAAAUAGUAUAUUAGUUGUAUCUUUUCACCAAAAAGUAUUUGAGAAUCAAAUAUCAAAUGUAAAAUAUUUGAUGUUUCUGUAAAUUAUUUUGACAUAUCCAAGUUGUUUUAAUUUUAUUGAAAAAUAGUAUACUUCAGUAUUUAAUUUUUAUAA